CCGCGGCAAGUCUCGUCCCGAACAAAACUGUUUUGAUGUGUUCUAAAAAUAAAAAGUGUCUUAUAAAAUAUUUUUCAAGAAAUCGGAGUGUCAUCUAACUUGAUAUGGCAUCUGAUAGUUUUCCCAAUACGCCCCUUCCCAGCGAAGGAAGUCGUAGGGUUGCGUUUGCUAAUCAGAAAGGUAAUAUCUCAGCCAGAUCUUUUGAGACCUCUUCUGUAAGAUCCAGCGCGCCUUCGCAAAAAUAUGGAAGAAGAGCUUCAGUAUUUAUUUUUGAGCACCUGUCAGAUAUGAAAGAUGCUGGAUUGGGAAUAGGAGAAAAAUGCAACUAUUGGAUGUAUGGUAAAAUCAGACUGCUGAGCAAUAAGUGGUUUACUCAUUGUUUUUUAAUUAUUGUGAUGAUUCUGUACACUGUCGGCGGUGCCGUGAUAUUUUUAACUGUCGAAGGUCAAAACGAAACAAGACUAAUAGAACGAGACAUCAAUCUCGAAGUGAAAGCCCUAAUAAAUGAAUUAAGAAUAAAAUCGUUAAGUGUUCCUGAACAAUUUUCCGAGAAGGAGUGGAUAGGUGAGGCUGCCAGGAGGCUAGAGAGGUUCGAAUCAAAAUUGACUGCAGCUUUUAAACAACAUCCUUUAGUGGUAUCUCACAUAAAUGGGAGAGUUUGGACUAUUUGGAAUGCUGUUGUCUAUUGUUCCACGCUUUAUACAACCAUAGGUUAUGGGCAUUUAUACCCCACCACGUUCACAGGCAGGGUCCUGACGAUGGUCUAUUCCACAAUAGGCAUUCCAUUAUUCCUGAUAGCUCUUACUGACUUCGGUAAGCUUUUUACCAAAGGUAUCAAAUUCGUCUGGUCUCACAUUAGACGAUUCUAUUACACAAGAAGUUGCAGAAGAGUUAGAAGAAAAAGUCAUGUAAAGGAAAUCAUCAAAGGAGCUCAAGUAAUGUUCGAAUAUGCGACCUUCCGAAGAAUGUCAGUAUGGGGAGACCCAAUCCAAACAAAUCAAACCUUAGAAACCCCCAUGUCUCAUUCAGCUGUGAUUUCAGAGCCUCAAACCCCCGCUUUAUCAUCAUUCGAAGUAGACGAUGAAUUCAACUUACCAAUUUCUUUAGCCCUUACAAUGCUGGUAGCUUACAUGCUUAUUGGUGCCGCAGUGUUCAUGGUGUGGGAAAGUUGGGAUUUUUUCCUGGCUUUUUAUUUUGUUUUUAUGUCAUUGUCCACUAUUGGUUUUGGCGAUAUUGUUCCAGAAAAGCCAAUUUAUAUGAUCUUGUCUAUAGUAUACCAGUGUUUUGGUUUGGCUUUGAUGUCUAUGUGUAUCAACGUUGUGCAAGAUAAACUUAGCGACACAUUUAAUAAUGCUUCUGCAAUGAUAGGUGAAACCAUAGGAAUUGAUGUCGAAAAUGGCGCUGAAAAUGAAGAUGACGAAAACGAAGAAACUAAUAAAGAUGAUGAUAAGAAAAAUGAAAAUAUUGGACAUGAAGAAAAUGUUUCUGAAAUACCUACAAUACAAGUAGAAGAAUCACCAUUUAUAUGGUCAACUGCUCGUGUUGCCAAAUAGAAUUGUUCUGAAAUGUUUAAACUGUCAGACAUUUUCGUUUUGAGAGGUAGUGUAUCCCUAUUUUUUCUAAGAAAUAUCAAUUUUCACAAUAAAAACUACUGAGAUAAAUUUUGGACGAAUGUGGCGGUUUUUGUUUUGAAAAUACAGCUGUAACAAAUUAAAAAAUCAAAAAGAAAAUCGCGCAUCAAAUAAAUAUUAAGAAGGGCGACCUCAUCAAAAAAUGGGUCACACUGUAUCAGCGUGGGCAAAAAGAAUGGAACACAACAUGGGUUUGAAAACUAUCUUUUUUUUUGAAAAAUCGCUCGGACCCGUCAAUUCUAUUUUUAAGCUGCGCAUUUUUUGGUGAAAAAAAAAAUUAAACAGGAUGUCCCAAAAAUGGUGUUACUUGCAUCAACUUUGUUAUUUUGAAUGGCAACCCUGUAUAUUAUUGAUUUUUCUAUUCUACGAAAAAUUAUGGGAAUAUUUAAUGUAUAAUGUUCUAUACCCAAACUAUUAUGGAAAUAUUGACAGUAGAAAAUUAACUUUUUUGCAACUUUGACAGGCUGUAAAACCCAAACGGAUAAUUUUAGAGCAAAACCGAUCAUUUUGAAAAGGGAGCCUUUACAGGCAGCACGUAUCUGCUUAUGUGGUCCAUUGUGCUAAAAAAAAACCGAUCAUACAUUCUUGUCUCAGUUUUCCAUAAACUUUUGACACCAACUUUGAAAUUAAUCGGAGAUUAAGUUUAACUGGAAUUUUUAAUCAUGGAUUAAAUUCAAAGUUGAUAUCAAAUUAUGAGUUUAUGGGAAACUAAGAUAAGAAGAAGGUUUUUCUCUAAAAUUAACCGUUUGGGUUUUACAGCCUGUCAAAAUUGCAAAAAAGGCAAUUUUCAACUGUCAAUAUUUCCGAAAUAGUUGAAGAUAGGUAUAGGACAUUAUAUUACAUAAAAUAUUUCCAUAAUUUUUUGAAGAAUCCAAAAAUGCAAUACAGGGUUGCCAUUUAAAAUAACAAAGCUGAAACCAUUUUUGGGACACCCUGUAUAUUUUUUUCCCAAAAAAUGCGCAGCUUAAAAAUAAAAUUGACGGGUCCGAGCGAUUUUUCAAAAAAAAUAUAUAGUUUUCAAACCCCUGUAGGUGUUACAUUCUUUUUGCCCACGCUAUAUAAGUAGUUACGAAAUGUUUUUUUUUAUAUUGUUUAAAUACUCUGUGUUAUUAUUGUUAUUUGUUAGCAUUUUUGGUAAUAUAUUUUAUGAACAAAUUCGUAAAUUUCCUUAAUGCUGAUGCAUACAUCACUGAUUGAGAUAAAUUCCUUUUGGUACAGGUCUGGCAAGUCAGCAUCUCACGGGUAAUUCUAAUGCAAUAGAAUGAAAUGUCUAGAAAAGUCUAAGGUUAAAUAGAGAACGAAAAUGAAUAGACCAUUCCAGGGUGACGUCAUAACCGAUCGGCCAUUUUAACUGAGGGGCAGUCACAAGGCAAACAUAACCUGAUUUAGUGUUAUUUUAAUGCAAACCGAGAAUUUUUCAACUAUUAUUUUGUGAAGAUGCCUUCGUUUUGUAACGUUGUUGGGUGUUCCAAUACAGCUGCAAGGGAUAAAGUGAGGUUUUUUAGGAUCCCAGCAGCAUUUAAACAUCGAGAUCGCCUAAACGAGUUAUCAAAAAACACGACAAAGAAUGUGGUUAGAUGCCUCAAAAGGGGAGAUUUGACUGAAACGUUGUUGAAAAAUGCUCAAAUUUGUUCAAAACAUUUUGUUAAUGGUAGUCCAGCAGAACUUGAGGAUACAAAAAAUCCGGAUUGGGUCCCCAGAACUAAUUUAGGAGAUACUACGAUAAAAGCCCAGAAUGAACAAGCCAGUAAGCGACAUGCCAGAUCUGUGUAGCGAUCAGAAGAAAAGUCAAAACGUUUGAGGAGCCAUUUUACCACAAAAACAACUUAAAAUUUAUUGAACGAAUCUGUCAAAGUCACCCUGACCUGGAAUGGACAAUUCCCCUAUUCCAACUCCAGCAUGGAGCGGUGGGAAUGCUGGAGGUGGAACAGGGGACAUCGUUUUCAUUCUCAUUUUAACCUUAGACUUUUUCUAAACAUUUCAUUUUAUUGCAUCAAAAUUAGCCCGUAAGAUGCUCACUUGCCAGACCGGCAUAUCAAAAAUAGUAUAAAGUGAAAUUAGUGAAAAUAAAUUCUGAAUAUACAAUUAAUGUACAGGGUAUGUUCCUAAUAAUUAGUGCGGCUUCUACAACCUAAACAAACAAAAAUAGAAAAAAAGUUAAAUACCGAAGUUGUAGGGUUUUAUCUCUAAUAUCUUUCGCUUAUGUCAAAAUGGAUAAAUGACAGGUGCCAACUGUCAUAAUGACAAACAAUUGCAUUUUUUAAAUAGAACACCCUGUAUGUUUUUAGCUAGAAUGAUUUCUUUUUUUCUCCUGAUUCCUAAUAUCGUAGGUAUAUAUGAUGAUAUUUGGUUCAGCUGUUUUUACGCUCAAGGCGCACUAAUUAUAAGGAACAAAUUCGAUAGAAAGUGUAAUGUGAUGAUUUGUGAUCUCUUGUUGUGAUAGUAUUUUAAAGUCAAAAGAGUGGGUAGAAACUAAAAUAAAAAAUUAUUCAACUUUU